CACUCUUUAGCUUCUUCUCAGUUAUUUAUUUCUUCUCCAAUUCUCUGCUUCUUUUUCUCUCUCUCUGCGAUCUCAUCAAAACCCUAAUCUUGAUCGCAGAAAAGCUGAAAUUUCAUCUGAUUACUCUAGAAAAAUCAAAGUUUGACGAUCCGAUCAUCGUGAAAUUGCCUGAACCGAACCUUACUCAGUUCAAUUUCCUAUACACUUAAUAGUUGCCUCAGAAUUUUCGUUUCCCCAAUUCAGUCUCUGCUCUUCGAUCAAUUCUUGGAUUUUUGGGGAUUGAUCGGCUUUUAUUUCAAAGAGGUUUUGAUUCGUGCAAUGCUUUCAGUUUCAAUAUGAAGUUAAAGAGGAGGAGGGCGGUUGAAGUGCCUCCAAAAAUUAGAUCCUUCAUCAAUAGUGUCACUGCUGUUCCACUUGAGAAUAUAGAGGGACCUCUGAAAGGUUUUGUCUGGGAGUUUGAUAAGGGAGAUUUCCAUCAUUGGGUUGAUCUUUUCAACCAUUUCGAUUCAUUUUUUGAGAAGCACAUAAAAUCCAGGAAGGAUUUGCAGGUUGAGGAUAAUUUUCUGGACUCUGAUCCUCCUUUUCCAAGAGAAGCUGUUCUUCAAGUUCUCCGUGUCAUAAGGAUAAUUUUGGAGAACUGCACAAAUAAGCACUUCUAUAGUUCUUAUGAGCAGCAUCUUUCAUCUCUGCUUGCUUGCACUGAUGCGGAUGUGGUUGAGGCUUGCCUGCAGACUUUAGCUGCUUUUUUAAAGAAAACAGUUGGAAAGUAUUCCAUUAGAGAUGCUGCACUAAAUUCAAAGUUAUUUGCUCUUGCACAAGGUUGGGGGGGAAAAGAAGAGGGUCUUGGAUUAAUUGCUUGUGCAAUACAGAAUGGUUGUGGCCCUAUUGCUUAUGAGUUAGGUUGCACCCUUCAUUUUGAGUUCUAUGCAUCGAAUGAUUCAACAGAUGACAUCCCUGCCACCCAAGGUUUACAAAUCAUUCAUUUACCUAACAUCAACACUCAUCCAGAGGCAGAUCUUGAGCUUUUGAGUAAAUUAAUUGCCGAGUACAAUGUACCCUCUAGUUUAAGAUUUUCUUUAUUGACAAGAUUGCGGUUUGCAAGGGCUUUUGGUUCUUUAGCUACCCGCCAGCAAUAUGCAUGCAUUCGCUUGUAUGCCUUCAUAGUUCUUGUUCAAGCAAAUAGUGAUGCUGACGACCUUGUUUCUUUCUUCAACACUGAACCUGAGUUUGUCAAUGAGUUAGUGUCAUUAUUGAGCUUUGAAGAUGUGGUUCUUGAGAAAAUUCGAAUUCUAUGUCUUCUUUCAUUGGUUGCUCUAUGUCAAGAUCGGUCCCGACAGCCUACUGUUUUGACUGCUGUCACGUCAGGUGGGCAACGUGGAAUCCUAUCCAGUCUCAUGCAGAAGGCCAUUGAUUCUGUCAUCAGUGAUACAUCAAAGUGGUCUGUUGUUUUUGCUGAGGCUCUAUUAUCUCUUGUCACAGUUUUGGUUUCAUCAUCAUCAGGUUGUUCAGCCAUGCGUGAAGCUGGUUUUAUCCCCACCCUUCUGCCUUUGCUUAAAGAUACAAACCCACAGCACCUUCAUCUGGUCAGCACAUCUGUGCAUAUUUUAGAAGCUUUUAUGGAUUACAGUAAUCCAGCUGCUGCAUUGUUUCGGGAUUUGGGUGGUUUAGACGAUACCAUCUCUCGCCUUCAUGUGGAAGUGUCUCAUGUAGAAAAUGGCUCAAAGCAACAAGAUGAAGAUUCUGAGAUCAUUGGGAGGAGUGCUCAAGUAGUUGCAGGGACUUCCACAGAGCUAGACAACAUGCAGCCUUUGUAUUCAGAACCACUAGUUUCCUAUCACCGACGUUUGCUGAUGAAAGCUUUACUGCGUGCUAUAUCCCUUGGAACUUAUGCCCCAGGGAAUACUGCCCGUGUUUAUGGCUCAGAGGAGAGUCUAUUGCCACAAUGCUUAUGCAUAAUAUUUAAAAGGGCAAAAGAUUUUGGUGGUGGUGUGUUUUCACUUGCAGCCACAGUCAUGAGUGAUUUAAUUCACAAAGAUCCUACCUGUUUUCCGGUCUUGGAUGCAGCAGGCCUUCCUUCUGCUUUCUUGGAUGCUAUAAUGGAUGGUGUUCUUUGCUCUGCUGAAGCCAUUACGUGCAUACCACAGUGUCUAGAUGCCCUUUGCAUAAAUACUAAUAAUGGUCUUGAGGCUGUGAAAGAGCGAAAUGCUAUGAGGUGCUUUGUGAAGAUAUUUACUUCAAGAACCUAUCUGCGUGCCCUUACCAGUGAUACACCCGGCUCCUUAUCUAGUGGAUUGGAUGAAUUAAUGCGCCAUGCUUCCUCAUUGCGUGGGCCUGGAGUGGAUAUGCUGAUUGAGAUCUUAAAUGCAAUUUCAAAAAUUGGACAUGGGGUUGAUGCUUCGUGCAUGUCAACUGAUCCUUUGUGCUCUUCUACUCCUGUUCCAAUGGAAACUGAUGGAGAAGAGAGGAACUUGGUCCUGUCUGAUGGAGGGGAAUCAUCCAAAAUGGAUAGUUCAGAGCAGACUGCCGAACCAUCCUCUGAUUCUUUAACGGGGAAUGUUGAAUUAUUCCUUCCUGAUUGUGUCAGCAAUGCUGCACGUCUUCUUGAAACAAUACUUCAGAAUGGUGACACAUGCCGUAUAUUUGUGGAGAAGAAAGGAGUUGAAGCUGUCCUGCAGUUAUUUACCUUGCCUUUAUUGCCUCUUUCUGUUUCAGUUGGCCAGAGCAUUUCUGUUGCAUUUAAGAACUUCUCACCACAACAUUCUGCUUCGUUGGCUCGGGCAGUGUGUUCAUUCUUGAGAGAGCAUCUGAAAUCAACAAAUGAACUCUUAGUUUCAGUUGGAGGGACUCAACUUGCUGUGGUGGAAUCUGCAAAACAAACUAAGGUUUUGAAACAUCUUUCCAGUCUUGAAGGUAUUCUGUCUCUGUCUAAUGUUCUGUUGAAAGGGACUACUACUGUGGUGUCUGAACUGGGUGCAGCAGAUGCUGAUGUAUUGAAAGAUCUUGGGAGUACAUACAGAGAAAUCAUUUGGCAGAUAUCUCUGUGUAACGAUGUCAAGUCAGAUGAGAAGAUCAGUGCUGAACAAGAACCAGAGAGUGCUGAGGCAGCACCAUCUAAUGCGUCUGGAAGAGAGAGUGAUGAUGAUGCUAAUAUUCCAAUGGUGAGAUAUAUGAAUCCAGUUUCUAUUAGGAAUCAGCCCUUGUGGGGCGGAGAACGCGAGUUUCUUUCAGUUGUUCGUUCUGGUGAAGGUUUGCACCGUCGUAGUCGACAUGGGUUUACACGCAUAAGGGGUGGAAGGACAGGCCGUCAUUUGGAGGCUUUAAAUGUUGAUUCUGAAUCUUCCUCAACAGUAUCGGAGACAUCUACUUCCCAGGAUUUAAAAAAGAAAAGUCCUGAUGUUCUUGUGAUUGAAAUUCUCAACAAGCUGGCUUCCACACUACGCUCCUUCUUCACGGCUCUUGUCAAGGGGUUCACAUCACCAAAUCGGCGUAGAGUUGACUCAGGGUCAUUGACUUUGGCUUCAAAGACUCUUGGAACUGCCCUAGCUAAAGUGUUUCUUGAGUCUCUUAGUUUCUCUGGGCAUUCUACAUCAGCUGGUCUUGAUACUUCACUUUCAGUCAAGUGUCGAUAUCUGGGAAAAGUUGUGGAUGAUAUGGUGUCGCUUACAUUUGACAGCAGGCGGCGUACUUGUUAUACCACAACAGUGAAUAAUUUCUAUGUCCAUGGUACCUUUAAGGAGCUGCUGACGACAUUUGAAGCUACUAGUCAGUUGUUAUGGACCCUACCAUACUGUGUGCCAACAUCAGGUAUUGAUCAUGAAAAGACAGCUGAAGGAAGUAAACUGUCCCACAGUCCAUGGCUGCUUGAUACUUUACAGAGCUAUUGCCGUGUGCUCGAGUAUUUUGUUAAUUCUUCUUUACUCUUGUCGACAACCUCUGCAUCCCAGGCGCAGUUGCUUGUUCAGCCAGUUGCAGUUGGUCUGUCAAUUGGGCUUUUUCCUGUGCCAAGGGACCCUGAAGUUUUUGUUCGUAUGCUUCAAUCUCAAGUUCUUGAUGUGAUACUUCCUGUCUGGAACCACCCCAUGUUUCCAAAUUGUAGUCCAGGUUUCAUUGCUUCUAUUGUCUCGCUUGUUAUGCAUGUAUAUUCUGGUGUUGGAGACGUGAAGCAGAAUCGCAGUGGCAUUUCCGGAAGUACAAACCAACGAUUCAUGCCACCACCACUUGAUGAAAGUACUAUUACUACCAUUGUUGAGAUGGGUUUUUCAAGGGCCAGAGCAGAGGAUGCGCUUAGGCGGGUGGAAACAAAUAGCGUUGAAAUGGCCAUGGAAUGGCUCUUUAGUCAUCCCGAGGAUCCUGUGCAGGAGGAUGAUGAACUGGCUCGGGCACUUGCUCUUUCACUAGGAAAUUCAUCAGACGCAUCCAAAGCUGAUAGUGUUGACAAGUCUGUGGAUGUGCUGGCAGAAGAGGGUUGUGUGAAAGCUCCCCCUGUUGACGAUAUCCUUGCGGCGUCGGUUAAGCUGUUUCAGAGUAGUGAUACCAUGGCAUUCCCAUUGACAGAUUUGCUUGUGACACUUGGCAAUCGGAACAAAGGUGAAGACCGACCAAGAGUUGUAUCUUAUCUAAUUCAGCAGCUAAAGAACUGUCCAUUAGAUUUUUCUAAGGAUACCAGUGCAUUGAGUAUGGUAUCACAUGUUAUAGCAUUGCUUCUUUCUGAGGAUGGAAGCACAAGGGAAACUGCUGCACAACAUGGUAUUGUGUCUGCUGCAAUAGAUAUCUUGAUGAACUUUAAGGCCAAAGAUGAGUCGGGCAAUGAGCCUAUUGUCCCAAAAUGUAUCAGUGCUCUACUGCUUAUCUUGGAUAAUAUGUUGCAAUCAAGGCCCAAAAUUUCUGAAAACGUUGAAGAUACUCAGACAGGGUCUCUGCCUGAAUCUGGAGAGCAUGCGUCCUUGUCAAUCCCUGCAUCAGAUACAGAGAAAAAACAGGCUACAGAUACCCAUGAAAAAGAUUCUUCCACGGCAUUUGAGAAAAUAUUGGGGAAAUCUACUGGUUAUUUGACUAUGGAAGAAUGUCAUAAGGUGCUAGCAGUUGCUUGUGACUUGAUAAAGCAGCAUGUCCCGGCUAUGAUCAUGCAGGCUGUUUUACAGUUAUGUGCUCGCUUGACGAAAACUCAUUCUCUAGCUUUACAGUUCCUUGAAAAUGGAGGCUUGGCAGCUCUUUUUGGCCUUCCAAGAAGUUGUUUUUUCCCUGGAUAUGACACUGUUGCAUCUGCUAUAGUUCGCCAUCUCCUUGAAGAUCCGCAAACACUUCAAACAGCAAUGGAAUUGGAGAUUCGCCAAGCCCUGAGUGGCAACAGGCAUGGUGGGCGUAAUUCUUCAAGGACAUUUUUGACAUCAAUGGCACCUGUGAUCUCAAGAGAUCCUUUGGUUUUUAUGAAAGCUGCUGCUGCAGUUUGUCAGUUGGAGACAUCAGGAGGUAGGACCUUCGUUGUGUUACUGAAGGAAAAAGAGAAGGAAAAGGAAAAAUCUAAAGUAUCAGCUGUUGAGGCUGGAUUAUCUUCCAACGAAUGUGUACGGAUUCCUGAAAAUAAGCUACAUGAUGGAUCAGGUAAAUGCUCAAAAAAUCACAAAAAAAUCCCUGCCAAUCUCACUCAAGUGAUAGAUCAGCUUCUUGAAAUAGUCUUGAAAUACCAUUUCCCAAAGAGCCAGGAGGACUGUGUGAAUAACCUAUCUGCUAUGGAGGUUGAUGAGCCUGCUAUGAAGGUAAAGGGUAAAUCAAAGGUUGAUGAGACAAGGAAAUUGGAGUCUGAAUCUGAAAGAUCUGCAGGGUUGGCCAAGGUGACCUUUGUUCUCAAGUUACUGAGUGAUAUUCUUCUGAUGUAUGUACAUGCCGUUGGGGUUAUACUUAAACGGGAUUUGGAAAUGACUCAUUUGCGGGGAUUUAAUCAACUGGAUGGUCCUGGACUUGGUGGUAUACUUCACCAUGUAAUUCAUCGGUUGCUUCCGCUCACCAUAGAUAAAUCUGCUGGACCUGAUGAAUGGAGAGACAAGUUGUCUGAAAAAGCUUCUUGGUUUCUGGUAGUUCUGUGUGGUCGUUCCAGUGAAGGGCGCAGACGAGUAAUUAAUGAACUUGUUAAAGCUUUAUCCUCAUUUUCUAACUUGGAUUCUAGUUCCACUAAGAGCAUCUUAUUGCCGGAUAAAAGGGUUUAUGCUUUUGUUGAUUUGGUGUAUUCUAUUUUGUCAAAAAACUCAUCAUCCAGCAACUUACCUGGUUCCGGGUUUUCACCAGACAUAGCGAAAAGCAUGAUAGAUGGGGGAAUGAUUCAGUGUCUGACUGGUAUCCUUCGUGUGAUUGAUUUGGACCAUCCUGAUGCUCCCAAAAGUGUGAAUUUGAUACUCAAGGCUUUAGAAAGCCUAACAAGGGCUGCUAAUGCAAGUGAGCAAUAUUUUAAAUCUGAUGAGACGAACAAGAAAAAAUCCACAGGAUUAAAUGGAAGAUCUGAUGAUCAGGUAACUGCCGCAUCAGGGGAUAAUACUGUGGGGCAUAAUCAGAAUGUAAGCAGUGAGCAGGAUGCGACAGAUGCCGUACAGACCGAACAAGUGGGUCAAGGAGCUUCUCAAAGUGAAGGUAAUCCUGAUGCAAAUCCAAACCAGUUGGUGGAACAGGACAUGAGAAUAGAUGUUGAAGGACCACUAGCUUCUAAUCCACCUAUGGAGCUUGGGAUGGAUUUUAUGCGUGAAGAGAUGGAUGGUAAUGUAUUACACAACACUGAUCAAAUUGAUAUGACUUUCCGUGUUGAGAAUAGGGCAGAUGAUGAUAUGGGUGAUGAAGAUGAUGACAUGGGUGAUGAUGGUGAGGAUGAUGAUGAUGAUGAUGAGGGAGAGGAUGAGGAUGAGGAUAUAGCAGAAGAUGGUGGUGGUAUGAUGUCUCUUGCUGAUACUGACGUGGAAGACCAUGAUGAUACUGGCUUGGGAGAUGAUUACAAUGAUGAGAUGAUAGAUGAAGACGAUGAUGAUUUUCAUGAGAAUCGUGUCAUAGAGGUGAGAUGGAGGGAAGCCCUUGAUGCUGCUGACCCUUUUGAAGGGGUUAACGUGGAUGACCUGUUUGGUCUACGAAGGCCAUUAGGUUUUGAUCGCCGCCGUCAGACGAGUAGGUCUUCCUUUGAGCGAACUGUUACAGAAGCAAAUGGCUUUCAACAUCCUCUGCUUUUAAGACCUUCCCAGUCUGGGGAUUUGGUCUCAAUGUGGUCAGCAGGUGGAAAUUCAUCCCGGGAUUUAGAAGCCCUGUCAUCAGGGAGCUUUGAUGUAGCUCAUUUCUACAUGUUUGAUGCUCCUGUUCUUCCAUAUGAUCACGUACCAAGCAAUCUUUUCGGUGACCGUUUGGGUGGUGCAGCACCCCCACCUUUGACUGAUUAUUCUGUAGGUAUGGAUUCAUUGCAGUUAUUAGGACGAAGAGGACCAGGUGAUGGUCGAUGGACUGAUGAUGGCCAGCCUCAAGCAGGUCCUCAAGCAGCUGCUAUUGCACAGGCAGUGGAGGAAUUAGGAAGUAUUGCUCCUGCUGAUAUCCCGGCUAAACGACAAUCCCAGCACUCCAGAGUGCAGGAGAAACAGCCAGAUCACCCUCCUUUAAAUGAUAGUCAAGCAGCAGCAGAGAAUGAUGACAGCAGCCAUCAACGAAAUGAAGAUCAACAUCAAGACAGGGGUGGUGAAACAACACAUCAAAUUAUCUCAAGUUCUGAGAGUGUUCCCUGCCAAGAACAAGUCAAUCCAGAAUCUGUUGGUUCCGAGGUACCUGAACCAAUGUCAAUUCAGCCACCUUCACUGAACAGUACACCAAAUGAUAGCAUGGACACUGGUGAUGGGAAUGGUGCUGCUGGUGAGCAACUCGGGUCAGUUCCAGAGUUAGUUAGUGCUGAUUUACAAUGUGAAGGGGGUUCUGAAGUUCCUUCUAAUGUACAUGAUGUUACAGUGGAGGCCGUGGGUUGUGAUGGAUCCUCAAGAACAGAGGGCCAGGUUGGUAAUGUGUCGGCAAGUCUCGGCUUCGAAGCACCUAAUCCAGGUGAUUCUCAUACUUCUUCGGUGCCAACAAAUGUUGAUGUUGAUAUGAAUUGCAUUGAUGAAGUAAAUCAAACGGGCCAUCCCAUGCCUGCUUUUGAAAAUGGUACAGAUGAGCCGUCAAGUCAAAACACAUUGGUUGCUCCAGAAGCUAAUCAGGCUGAACCAGUUAGUUUGAAUAAUGAGGCUCCUGGUGCUAAUGCAAUUGAUCCGACCUUCCUGGAGGCUCUGCCUGAAGAUUUGAGGGCUGAAGUUCUUGCUUCACAGCAAGCUCAGCCUGUUCAACCUCCAUCUUAUGCACCACCUUCUGUGGAUGACAUUGAUCCUGAGUUUUUAGCUGCCCUUCCUCCAGAUAUCCAAGCAGAAGUUUUGGCGCAACAAAGAGCACAAAGGGUUGCACAGCAGGCUGAGGGACAACCAGUUGACAUGGACAAUGCUUCGAUAAUUGUACUUUUAACUUCUUCAGAAGCUGUUCUGUCUGCAUUGCCUUCUCCAUUACUUGCAGAAGCCCAAAUGCUAAGAGAUCGAGCAAUGAGUCAUUAUCAGGCUCGCAGUCUUUUUGGAAGCAGCCACAGGCUAAAUAAUCGGAGAAAUGGAUUGGGUUUUGACCGGCAGACAGUAAUUGACAGGGGUGUUGGAGUCACAAUUGGUCGGAGGGCAGUUUCUGCUCUUGCGGACAGCUUGAAGGUUAAGGAAAUUGAAGGAGAGCCGCUUCUGGAUGCUAAUGCUUUGAAAGCCUUAAUUAGGCUUCUACGACUAGCCCAGCCCCUUGGUAAAGGACUCUUGCAGAGGCUCUUGUUAAACUUGUGCACCCAUAGUGUUACAAGAGCAAUCUUAGUUCGUCUUUUGCUCGAUAUGAUCAGACCUGAGGCUGAAGGCUCAGUCAGUGGACUAGCAACUAUUAAUUCCCAAAGGCUUUACGGUUGCAAUUCAAAUGUUGUUUAUGGUCGAUCACAGUUGUUGGAUGGUCUUCCUCCCUUGGUGUUGCGUCGAAUUCUUGAGAUAUUGACUUAUUUGGCUACAAAUCAUUCUGCUGUGGCAAAUAUGUUGUUCUACUUUGACUUCUCAGGCGUUCCUGAACCAUUUUCUAUCCAUAUGGAAACCAAGAAGGAUAAAGGCAAGGAGAAAAUGGGAGAGGGAGGAUAUUCAUCAAAAAUUUCUGGAAACACCCAGGACGUGAAUGUUCCCCUGAUAUUGUUCCUAAAACUCCUGAACCGGCCUCAUUUUUUACAUGGCACUGCUCAUCUUGAGCAGGUCAUGGGCCUGCUUCAGGUUGUUGUUUAUACCUCAGCUUCAAAAUUAGAGGGUCGUUCUCAAUCUGAAAGGGUAGAUGGGAAUUCUCAAAAUCUAGCCAUAAAUGAAGCUUCAGGAGAUGGUCAAAAGGGUCCUGCUUUGGAACAAGAAUCUCAUGGGGAUAAGCCUAUUAGUGGUGAAUCAUCAACUUCAGAUGGAAAGAGGAAUACAGAUACUUAUAAUAUUUUCUUGAAGCUGCCAGAAUCUGAUCUGCACAACCUUUGCAGCCUUCUUGGUCGUGAGGGGCUUUCAGAUAAAGUUUAUAUGCUUGCUGGUGAGGUCCUGAAGAAGUUGGCUUCAGUUGCAGCUGCCCAUCGAUUUUUUUUUAUCUCAGAGCUUUCAGAACUAGCUCAUGGGUUGAGUGCAUCAGCUGUUGGGGAGCUUGUCACCCUCCGAAAUACACAGAUGUUGGGUUUGAGUGCUGGGUCUAUGGCUGGGCCAGCAAUCUUACGUGUAUUACAAGCACUUUGCUCACUUACUUCACCUAGGGCUAGUGAGAAUUCAGGACUGGAGAAUGAUGCGGAGCAGGAGGAGCGUGCCACCAUGUCGAAGCUAAAUGUGGCACUUGAGCCAUUGUGGCAAGAAUUGAGCAACUGUAUAAGUGCAACUGAAACACAUCUGGGUCAGAGCUCUUUCUGUCCAACCAUGUCUACUAUAAAUAUUGGGGACCAUGUACAGGGUUCUUCUUCUUCGUCUCCUCUCCCUCCUGGAACCCAGAGACUCCUGCCUUUUAUGGAGGCAUUUUUUGUUUUGUGUGAAAAGCUACAAGCAAACCUCUCUAUUACGCUGCAAGAUAUUGCGAAUGUGACUGCAAGAGAAGUCAAAGAAUCUGCUGGAAACUCAGAUCCUUCAACUGCUAAGUGCCACAGUUGCGGGGAUUCUCAGAGAAAACUUGAUGGUGCUGUCACAUUUACAAGGUUCGCUGAGAAGCAUCGCCGGCUUUUGAAUGCCUUUAUCAGACAGAAUCCAGGUUUGUUGGAGAAAUCCCUUACUAUGAUGCUGGAGGCACCAAGGCUAAUCGAUUUUGACAACAAGAGAGCAUAUUUCCGAUCAAGAAUUAGGCAACAACAUGAGCAACAUCUCUCUGGUCCACUGAGAAUAAGUGUUCGCCGGGCUUAUGUUUUGGAGGACUCUUACAAUCAGUUGCGCAUGCGGCCUAAUCACGACAUGAAGGGACGAUUAAAUGUUCAAUUCCAAGGGGAAGAGGGUAUUGAUGCUGGCGGUCUGACACGAGAGUGGUAUCAAUUACUAUCACGGGUUAUAUUUGACAAGGGCGCAUUGCUUUUCACCACUGUAGGAAACAAUGCAACUUUCCAGCCAAACCCUAAUUCUGUCUUCCAGACGGAACAUCUUUCUUACUUUAAAUUUGUGGGCCGUGUGGUUGCAAAGGCACUUUUUGAUGGGCAACUUUUGGAUGUUUAUUUCACUCGAUCCUUCUACAAGCACAUACUUGGUGUAAAGGUGACUUACCAUGAUAUAGAGGCUGUGGAUCCUGAUUACUACAAGAAUUUGAAGUGGAUGCUGGAGAAUGAUGUGAGUGAUAUACCUGACCUGACGUUUAGCAUGGAUGCGGAUGAAGAAAAACAUAUCCUUUAUGAGAAAAACCAGGUUACUGAUUAUGAGCUCAAACCGGGAGGAAGAAAUAUUAGGGUUACAGAAGAAACUAAGCAUGAGUAUGUUGACCUUGUAGCUGAACACAUCUUGACAAAUGCUAUCCGUCCUCAAAUUAAUUCUUUCCUGGAGGGGUUCACUGAAUUGGUCCCGAGAGAGCUUAUAUCUAUUUUUAAUGAUAAGGAGCUUGAGCUACUUAUCAGUGGUCUUCCAGAGAUUGAUUUGGAUGAUUUGAAGGCCAACACUGAGUAUACUGGCUACACGGUAGCAUCUAGUGUUGUUGAAUGGUUUUGGGAGGUGGUUAAAGGUUUCAACAAGGAAGACAUGGCAAGACUGCUGCAAUUUGUGACUGGAACAUCAAAGGUUCCGUUAGAGGGGUUCAGGGCUUUGCAAGGUAUAUCUGGUGCUCAGAGAUUUCAGAUUCACAAGGCAUACGGAGCUCCUGACAGGCUGCCCUCUGCUCAUACAUGCUUUAAUCAACUAGACCUUCCUGAGUACACCUCCAAAGAACAGCUUCAUGAACGGUUGAUGCUUGCUAUUCAUGAAGCUAGUGAAGGAUUUGGCUUUGGUUAACAGAAAGAACCUCAGCUGAUAUUGUUGCCCCAGCACACCAGUCAUCGCGCUUAUAGUUACCAUGUACAUAUGAAAGAUCCGAACCGAAGCUCCCGGAAUUAUAGCAACCUUGAUGGAUUUUGUGAACUCUGAAAGCAUUAUCUAUUUUUUGGAGGCAGUAGAGCAAAGCUUUUAUCAACUAUAUACAGCAGAUGAUCAUUAUACUUUUGCUGACUCAUGUUGGCUCCUCAGUGACAAUGGCUUGAAAAUUUGAAAUUCUUUCUGUGGAUUCUUACAAUGUCCGAAAAUUGGGGAGUCGUACAGAUGAUGGGGGAUAGAAAAUCGCUUUUGUUGUUUAUAUUAGAUUUCUUUCUAUGUUAUGAGUUUAUGGCCAAACUGCCUUAGAUUAGUCAGUUUCACUUUCUCUGACCUGAAUUUGGUAAUAAGCCUAGGAAUAUGUAUAUUGUAAUUCCAGACGGAUGUUUUUGGGUUUUAAUUGAAGGCGAGAAAGUGGUUCAAAUUU